AUGGAGGCGGAUAACCUGGUGCAGAUAGGUUACAGUGCCAGGCCAUGGAGGCAGUUCCUCACAGGAAAGAAAGAAAGGAUACAACAGAGGAGAGAGAGAGAGGGAAGGAAGAAAGAAAGAAAGAAAGAAAGGAUACAACAGAGGAGAGGAACCACAAAUUCCCAAGGCCUGCUCUCCAUCCUGCGUAAACUGAAGAGCUCCCCGGACCAGGAGGUACGGAUACUGCUGCUGGGUCUGGACAACGGGGGCAAGACCACCCUGCUGAAGCAGCUGGCAUCUGAGGACGUCAGCCACAUAACGCCCACGCAGGGCUUCAACGUCAAGAGCGUGCAGUCUCAGGGCUUCCGGCUCAACGUGUGGGACAUCGGUGGCCAGCGGAAGAUCAGGCCCUACUGGAGGAACUACUUCGAGAACACCGACGUGCUUAUCUAUGUCAUCGACAGCGCAGAUCGUAAAAGGUUUGAGGAGACGGGCCAGGAGCUGGCUGAGCUGCUGGAUGAGGAGAAGCUAAGUGGCGUCCCUGUGCUAAUCUUCGCUAACAAGCAGGACCUGCUGACGGCCGCACCUGCCUCUGAAAUCGCCGAGGGCCUUAACCUGCACACCAUCCGGGAUCGUAUCUGGCAGAUCCAGUCCUGCUCGGCGCUGACUGGCGAGGGCGUCCAGGACGGCAUGACCUGGGUCUGUAAAAGCAUCAACGCGAAGAGGAAGUAGAGUGUCUGGUCCUGUGCCGGGUCAGUGGGCCUGAGGAGGGAAAGACAAGGGGGUCUCCUGGGAUCAAAAGGUCCAGAGGGAUCACCGAUGGAGUCGACCAUCCUGCCCACUACAGUGAGCUGAUGAAACACACUUGGGAGGGGGCUGCGGGGUACCACCCCCCGACGGUGUGCUGCACGCUAAUGUUAACGAAAGUGGACCCAGAUUGAAUUGAAAAUCCAUCCACACGCUGAUCAAGCGAGAGAAUAGGUACCGUGGUCAUAUUCCUUCAUUGGGCCCCCGGGAAGGUUUCCAUGCUAACAGCUUUGUAAAAACCAACCCUGUCCUGUGACGUGUAUCAUCUGUCCUCUGGAAGUCACUCGUAUAUCGUCAAUUCUCCUGGUUUAUUAACAUCAAAGAGGCGUCACGUCGCCUGAAGCUGCUGUAUUCCUGUCUUCUUUUGGGAAAUCUGUCACUGAUCUCAUACCUGAGUAGAGGCCACGCCCAGCUGAUGACAUCAGACAUAUUUUUCCCACACGUCAUAGAUGUGCCAGUCGUCAUGGCUUUCAUAUGCCUGACGUGUGUGUGUGUGUUUGUUUGCAUUUGAUAAGUGAUGUGCUAUGAACAGUAUGUUCCUGGAGGUUCUUCAAUACAGACAUUCUUAAGUUUUCUUGUUUCAUAUCCAUCUGCACUGUAAGCCAUUAGUGACAUUAUUCUGUGAAAUCUUGAGACGGCCACUAAAUGUGACUACUGCGGUAUUUCUGUGACUACUGCGGUAUCUGGCCGGCCUGUGAUUGUUGGAAAUGAUUACAGACUUUGGUAAAUAUAAUAACAAACUUCA